AUGCUGAUGGCUGGAGCGGGCGAGUGGUCGUACGACAGCAUCCGGCCCCCGCGCACUCUGGACCGCCUUCAGGCGCUGGUGCGCGCCAGCUGCUGCGCCGCCGCCGCCGGCGACACGCUGCAGCCCCUCGCGUGCGGCGCGAGCGUCAGGGCACUCGCGGCGGCGUUUGAGCGGGACGCGUACGUGGCGGCUCUCAAGGGGGCGGCCGAUCUGGUGAACGACGCCGCGGCGGCGCGCGCGUGGCUGGCGGGCCUGCAGGCGGUGCCGUCGCUGGUGGCUGUCGGGCCGCUGGCGUUCGACGCGGCCGAUGCGGCGGCGCGGCUGCUGCCAGCGGCGGCCGCGCUUGCGAGCGGCCUCUCGGGCCUGCUGCUGCCUUGCUGCCUCCGCCUCUGCGCCGCGGCGCGCGCCGAGCUGCAGUCGCUGUCCGCCUCGCUGCGCCAGCGCCCCGACACCGCCGCCGGCUUUGCCGACUGGCUGGCCGCCCACGAGCCGCACCUGCGGCGCGACGGCGCCGCGGGGCAGCGGCUGUCGGCGGAGUGCGACGCGCUGCGGCGGGCAGACGAGAUGCUCAGGACGCACUACCACGCCGCCCCUGGCGCGGGCCCCGGCGGCAGCGGCGGCUCGGCCGUGGCUUCGCAGGGGGAGCUGGCGACGGGCGCCGCGCCGCGGCCGUCUGCCACGGACGUGCGCGCCGCGGGGCGCGCGCUGGAGGGCGUAAGGGACGCGCUGGCCGGGUACAAGGACGCGUGCGGCGCAGCAGAGCGGCACGCGGCGGCCGCGGCGCGCGCGCACGCGCCGGCGGUGGCGGGGCAGCUCGAAGAGGCGGAGGGGCGGAUUGUCGCGCUGCUGACGACGGCGCGCCGCGGCCCGGCAGCGAGCCCCGCCUGCGAGCCCGCAGAGGCAGCUGCAUUGCUCGAUGCAAUCGAGCGCGACGUGGCGCGGGGGGCGUCCGCUUGCGAGCGCCUGCUGGGCGCCGCUGCGCUGCUGCGGGACGCCGCCGUGCGGCGCCGCGCCCAGUCGCUGCGCGACCUGCUGUCGGCGGCGCCGGCGCUGCUGGCCGCCCCGCGCGCCGCGCGGGCCGCGGCGGCGGGGUGGAGGGACGCUGUGGCGCGGCUGGCGGGGGCGGGGGCGGGGGACACGGCGGCUUGCGCGGCGGCGCUGAGGGGGCUCGGAGAGGCGGAUGCUGAGCUGGCAGCGGUUACCAAGGCCUGGGGGGCCAAGCAUGUGAGCGACGACCCCACAAGCGCCGCCUCCGCCACCCCUGAGGAGGCCGCCUUCGCCGCCGCCACCGAGCUCGAGCGCCGCGGCUGGGCCGGGCGCCUGCCGGCUGCACGCUUGCUCUGUGAGGGCCACGGCGCCGCGGCGCUGCGGCCUAGGCAUGCCGCCAUGCUCUGCGCGCUGCUGCUGCCGCAGGGCACAGCGUCAGCCAGCGGCCUGACGAGCGGUGGCGGGAAACUAGGGGUCGCCACCGACACGGCUGGCGGGGGGGACGCCAGCGGCUCGGGCGAUGGUUGUAACGCCACUGCCACCCGCUGGGGCGACGCGCUCGACGAAGAGUGCGGCCUGUCGCUGGAGCAGCUGCUGGGCAGCUACGCCCUCCUGCCUCGGGGCGCGGGCGAUGCCAACGGCUCGGAAGGCGUUGGGCCGCCGGCGCUGCCGCCCAAAGGCGGCGGCGGGAGCGGCGACGCGCUGCAGGAGUGCGAGGGGCGGCAGGUGGAUGGCAGCAACAGCACAUCACUGGGAGGGGCCGCGCGGCUCGAGGCGUCUGGGGGAAGCUUCCUCAGCGCCGCUGACCUGGCGACCGCCUGCAGCCGCGGCCCGAGGGCCAUGGGGGUGCUGGCGUCUGUCCUGCGGAUCGCGGCGGCAGAGGCGGAGCUUAACACAGAGCUCGGGGGCAUCGAGGCGGCGCUGCGUUUGCUGCGCCUACGGCUGAGCCGCGGUCGUAUGGCCGGAUGCCUGCUGCUGCUCAACUUGGGGCAGCUGUCUGGCGAGCUGGAGGGCGCCGCGGCGGGCGCGCUGCGACGCGCGGCCGGCGCGUUUGGGGCGCCGGGGGUGGCGGCGAGGCUGGCGGGGGUCGGGGCGCUGAGGGCGCGGCUCGCGGGGUGCGUUCGGGACUGCCACAGCUGCCAGGAAGCCGUUCUGCAGACCCAUGCGGUGCUGCAGCUGCCGCCAGGCCGGCACGGCCUGCCGCCAGCUGCGGUGCGCGCGCAUGUCGCGCGGUUCAAGGCCGCGGUGGAUGGGUGGAGCCAGGCGGUGCUGCGUGCCGCCUCGGAGCGCCCCGCGCGGCGGAGCGGCUCCGGCGGCGGCGGCGCGGCGGGCGAGGGCGGCGGAGGGCUGGCGGCUGCUGUGGUGCUGUCUGAGUGGGCGGGGAAGCUCGGUGCGGCGGCGCGGGCGGCUUUGCUGCUGGUGGAGGAGCCGGUGCUGCUGAGUCAGUGUGAUGUCAGCGCUGCCGCCGCUGCCGCCGGCGAGGGCGAGCCUGAGGGCAGCGGCGGAGGCGGCGCGUCGCUGGCGGCGGCUCUGCAGCAGGUGGUGGAGCAGGCGGCCGGCAGGGUGAGGGCUGCGACGGCGGAGGCGGUGGCGCGGCUGGCGGCGUCGGCAGAGGCCGACCCCCUCGCAGCGAUGGAUGACCUGCCCCUGCAGUCCGUCCUCCUGGCGGACUGCGCGGCCUGGACUGCCACGGUCGAGGCCGCGCUUGGCGCAGACCACGAACACACGGCCGCGCUACCACGCCCCACUGCGUCCGGCGGCCGCCGCCCAGCGCUCGCUGUGCUGCAGGAGCGCCUGGCUCUGCGGCUGGAGUCGCGCGCGCACGCGCUGCGGCGCUGCUGCUGCACCGGCGCCGGCGCGGGCUCGGGCGGCGGGAGCGAUCCCGGGGCGGCGCAGGGCCCUCGCUCCAGCCGGAGCGGGGCCGGCGGCGGCGAUGGCGGGCGGCCCGGCGCCUGGCAGGCGCCGUCGUCGCCGCCGCAGCAGGCGCCGGCCUGUGGCAGGCAGCUUCCAGGCAGGAGCAGUAGCGCUGGGGUGGGGGAGGAGCCUUGCGAAGGGCAGUCCCCAAGCAAGCCAGGGACCAGCAACUCAUGCAGUGGCGCUCGCAGCUGUGCGCCGCCCUCAGAGGCGCGCGUCCGCCUCCUGUCCGCGCUCGUGCGCGCGGCGGCGCUGCAGAAGCACGCGGUGGCGGCGCUGCGGCGCUGCGGGCUGGGGCAAGGGCGUGGUGGGUGGGGGUGGUGGCAGCAGCUGCGCCACUACUGGGACCCCGAGCAACAGGCCAUGAUGGUGCGCUUUGGCCAGUGCCAGGCAGCCUACGGCUUUGACUACCAGCCUCCCUCUGCGCUGGCCGCGGGCCACCUCCUGCCUUUGGACGGCCGGCUGCUUGCCGCCUGCGCCGCGCUGCAGACGUCGCCCUUCGUAGCCCUCGACCCGCACGCCUGGGCGGCCGCGCCCGACACCGCCGCCAGCGGCGACGAUGGCGGGGCGCCGGCGGACGGCGCCAUCGCAGUGCCGGCGCCGGCCGCAGCUGCUGCUGCGGCGCAGGCGCUUGGGCGCCGCUUCUGCUGGCUGGAGGCCGGCCCAGGCACCAGUGCCGUCGAAGUGGGCUCGUGGGUGCAGGCUGUCGCUGAGGGCGGGGCGUGGGGCUGCUUGUCGGGCCUGGAGCGCAUGCCAGGGGAAGAGGCGCUGCGGGCGUUGCAAGGAAUGUGGGAGCGGCAGCAGCAGCAGCAGCAGCAGCAGCAGCAGCAGCAGCAGCAGCAGCAGCAGCAGCAGCAGCAGCAGCAGCAGCAGCAGCAGCAGCAAGACGUGUGCAGCGGGCUCUCGGCCCCAGAUGAUUGCGCGCUGCUGGUCCUGGACUGCCGAUCGCUGGCCGCUGCUGCUGAGGCGGCGCACAUGCUGGGCGUCGGCGGCGGUGGCGAGGGCGGCGGCGCCUUCGGGCGUCCGCUGGCGCGGCCGCUGCUGCGCGCGCUGCCGGGCUGCGCGGGGGUGGUGGUCGAGUGCGGCCCUGAGGCGUGGCAGCCGCUGGGUGCUGUGGUGCAGACUACAGCACCUCGGGGCAGCAGCGGCGGUGGCUCCGGCGACACCCUGCCAUUUGGCCCCCUGGGCGGCCUGCAUGUCGACCGCCCAAUCCUCGACGUGCCCGCCGAGAUCCGGCGCCGCCUCGCGGCCGCGCUGCGGCCGCUGCAGGUGUCCCGCGGUGACGCCCCGCCGGGGCGCGGCCGCGGCGACGGCGACGGCGGUGGCGCGGCGACGCACGCGGCGGUCAUGGCGCACGACGUGCAGCGGCUGGGGGCUCUUCUGAUCGACCUCACCAGCGCCGGCCUGUCCGCGGCUGAGGACAGCGGCGGCAGCGGGGACGAGGCAUGCGCGGAGGGGGAGCUGCUGAGCGCCGCCGGCGAAGCAGUCGCGGUCGUCGCGUCCCAGUGGCGCCGCUCGCGCCACACGUGCCCUGAUGACGUCGCCGCGCCAGCGGUCGCAGCGCGGCUCGUGCUGCAAGCGGCGGCAUGGACACUGGCCGGCCGCUGCCCGGGCGGCGGCGCCGGCGGGGGCGGCGAUGCGCGGCCGCGGCGGCUGCUGUGUAUCCUUGAGGCCGUCGCCGCCGGCGCGGGCUUUGGCGAGCAGCUGCCGCCAGGCGGGCGCGGCCUACUGGGGGGUCGAGUCUGCCUCAACACUGGGCGCUGGGUGCCUUGGGUUCACAGUUCCCAGGCUGUCGCGUUUGGGCCCGGGGUAGAAGGGGCGGGCACCGAGGAGGCAGCAGCGACUCAGAGAAGCGGCGUCCCGCCGGCGUUUGGCUUGCUGUCAUGGCCGGAGGAGGCCGCCGGCCGCGUCAUCGCGGGCAGCGAGCGCGCCGCGGCGCUGCGGCACGUGGUGGCGGCGUGGAUGGAUGCCGGGCUGGCGCCGCUGGUGUUCGGCCCCGCGGGCUGCGGCAAGCGGACCGCGGUGUGGCAGCUUGUCAGUAGCCGCGGCUGCGGCGGCUUGGGCGAUUCGGGCGCCUCGCCGGCGCUGCUGCGGCUGUCGGCGGCGACAGCAAGGGCUGAAGCAUCAGAGCUGCUCCAAGGGCUGGAGAUUGAGGCAUGCUGCGGCGGUGAAGCGUGCACACCGCACCCGCGGCUGCAGGCUACGAGGGUGGUGGUGGCAGAGGGCCUGCACCUGCUUCCCUCCAUUGGCGGCGGCGAUGGCGGCGGCGACAGCUGCAUUGACGGCAUCAACGGACGCAUUGGCAGCAGCAGCAUUGGCAGCAGUGGCGGCGUUUGCCAGGUGCUGCUGCGGCUGUUCGAGGGUGAUAGAGCUGCGGCGGCAGAAGAGGGCUGGGCGCCGGCGGUGCGGGUCGUGGGCACUGCAGACUUGCAGGAGGGGAAGCCGCCGAGCAGCUGCUGCCCGGACGCGCGGCUCAUGCGCCGCUUUUCGCCGCUAAACGUGGUGUGCUUCGCUGGCUUGGACGACGGCGGCGGCGGCGGCGGCGGCGGCGAUGAGAGCAGCUGUGGACCCCCGCUGGGCCUUCGGCCAACAGGCGCGCUCGUCAGCGCGGAGGCCGCUCUGCGCGCAGUGUCUUGCCGCGCGGCCCGCUGCCUCCGGGCUGCGGUGUCGCGGCAGCCGCAGCCGCAGCCGCAGCCGUCCAGCAGCGGCGGCGCGCUGCAACCCGGCGGCGCCGCGUUGGUACCGGCGCGCUGUGACUUUGCACAAGGCCUGGAGGCGCUGAGGGGCCGGCGGCUGGAGGCCGAUUUGUUCCACGUCUGCAGGGACGUCUUUGGCAGUGUCAUCAUGGCUGCCGCUACGCGUGACCUCGAGCCUGGCGCGGCCUUGGGUGCUGCGCGGGGCGGAUGGCACCAGGGGCACGUGCUGGCGGCAGUGGAGCGCGCCCUCGCGCGCGCGGCGGCGGCGGUGGCGGCGCGCGCUGCGGAGGAGGCCGCCGCGGCGGAGGACGAGGCCGCGGCGGCGGCGGCGGCGGUGGGGUGCGCACCGGGGCCGGGCGAUGGCGGCGGCGGAGUCAGCAGAGGCGACUCGGUCUCGUCUUGCUCUGACAGGGUGGCGGCUGCUGACGUCUGCGCCUGGUGA